UUUCAAUAAAAACCAGUGGCUGUUGUGUCUCGUCUUCUUCCCAAUCCAAUCCAUUACAGCUGACAGUAUAAAAUAUUAUUUUAUUUAAAAUGAAAAAAAAAAUUGAUUAUCUGUAGUUUUCGUCUUGCCACCACAACGUUGUCUUCUCGGGUUAAUCUCUUCUUCUUCUGGUUUUUACUCGCGUCUCUUUGAUUGGGUUUAAAGUUUGAUUUAAUGGCUUCAAAUCCAGAUAAAAAUCCGCCGCCACCUUCAGAUGAGAAAACCGAAACAAAGAGUCCUAAACCGGAAUCAGGAGGAGCCUCAGGGAGCUCACCUUCAGCAGCUAACCCUGCUAUGAAUUUCAAUGCUUUUGAUUUCUCUAACAUGGCUAGUAUCCUCAACGAUCCAAGCAUCAGAGAAUUGGCUGAGCAGAUAGCUAAAGAUCCUGCCUUUAACAAAUUAGCUGAGCAGCUUCAGAGCUCCAUCCCAAACGCAGCUGAGGGAGGAGGAGCAGCAGGCUUCCCUAACAUUGAUCCACAGCAGUAUGUGAGCACGAUGCAGCAGGUUAUGCAUAACCCAGAGUUUCAGACCAUGGCUGAGCGACUUGGUAACGCCUUAGUGAAGGAUCCACAAAUGUCUCCCUUUUUGGAUGCUUUCUCAAACCCUGAAACUGCGGAGCAUUUUACUGAGCGUAUGGCGAGGAUGAAAGAAGAUCCGGAGUUGAAGCCUAUACUUGAUGAGAUUGAUGCUGGUGGUCCUUCUGCCAUGAUGAAGUACUGGAAUGAUAAAGAUGUGCUGAAAAAGCUUGGUGAAGCAAUGGGUAUGCCUGUUGGGGGCUUGCCAGACCAGGCUGCUUCUGUUGAACCCGAGGUAGCUGAAGAAGAAGGUGAAGAAGAGGAAGAGUCUAUUGUUCAUCAAACUGCUAGUCUUGGUGAUGUUGAGGGGUUGAAAACCGCUUUGGAAGCUGGUGGUAACAAAGAUGAAGAAGACUCUGAAGGAAGGACAGCGUUGCAUUUUGCUUGUGGAUACGGCGAGUUGAAAUGUGCUCAAGUUCUUAUCGAUGCUGGAGCAAGUGUUAACGCGGUUGACAAGAACAAGAACACACCUCUGCAUUACGCUGCUGGAUACGGGAGGAAAGAGUGUGUUAGCCUUCUCCUGGAGAAUGGUGCAGCAGUGACUCUGCAAAACCUAGACGAGAAGACGCCCAUCGAUGUGGCCAAGCUCAACAACCAGCUCGAGGUGGUGAAGCUGCUCGAGAAGGAUGCUUUCCUUUGAAGCUUGGGUCCAAAGGAAGGUCUUAAGAUGAUGCUGUCUUUGAAGGAUUUGUCUUUGUGUUGUGACUUGAACCAAUUUCACAAGCUUUUGUAUACUCCCUUAUCUUAUUUAUCUGUGUUUUUAUUUGUCUCUCUCGUUCUAAAUUUGUCUCUUAUGGUGUUUUUGAAUUUCAUUAGAAGUCAAUAAAGAAAGAAAGAAAGAGCAAUCGAUGUUUUCAUUUA